CACAUCAGGUUGAGCCCUGGGAACAGAACUGCAGAAUUCCCUUCUGAGACUACCCCAAUCCAGAUCCACCCACACUUGCCUCCUCUGGACCACGAAAACCACUUAUACGUUCCCCAGUCUCUCAGGGCAGUGCCUCCAGCACUUGGGCACCUGCGCGUGCGCACUCUAGAUGCAGCAGGCCACUCCCAGAAGGCGCCGGGACUCGGCGGUGGGCGGGGCGCGCGGUCCUCAGUUUUUCUCGGCCGUGGACUCCAUUUCCCACAGGCGGCUACGGGCCGAGACAGCCUAGUGUGGACAUUUCUCACGAGAUACGGAUAUAACUGCGACCUCUGGCUCCGUUUCUGAUACCUUUCCUCGCGCGCUGUGACUUCGUCCCACCUGAGAUAUAAGUCGGAGUGGGUGUCUGCAAAAAAGACUGCUGACACAGCCGCCGCAGGCCCUGCGUGACCCGCGAGAGCCUGGUGGCGGGAGGUACUCAAGGCUCCGAGGCCCCGACCGCGCAGGGCGGGUCUGCCUGCCCACGAGGCGGUGGGUGCUGCAGCUGCCGAGGAGCGGCGGGUAUGCGGCCCCGAAGGAAUACUAAUGCAAAAGUGGACUCAAGAUCUUCCUCUUCUCCCAGCUCUGGCUGUGCUUUCUGAUAGAGUAAACCUGAGGACCGAUCUACUCUUGCAGACGAAACCAUGGCCCAUGGGUCGGUGACAUUCAGGGAUGUGGCCAUGGACUUCUCUCAGCAGGAAUGGGAAUGUCUGAACCCUUUCCAGAAGACCUUGUACCGGGAUGUGAUGAUGGAGAACUAUGGUAACUUAGUCUCACUGGGCCAUUCCAUUUCUAAGCCAGAUGUUAUCACAUUAUUGGAGCAAGGAAAAGAGCCCUGGAUGAUUGUAAAGAAAGAAACAAGAAAAUGGCAUAAAGAUUUGGAGUCAAGAUAUGAAAAAAUCAGCUCUGAGAAAGUACACCUCUAUAGAAAAUAUUCAUCUCUUACUCUACAUCAAAGAAUUCACAAUAGUGAGAAAUCCAAGGAAUGUGACAAAUGUGGAAAGGCCUUCACUCGUCAUACAGACCUUAUAGUACAUCAGAGAAUUCAUACUGGUGAGAAGCCCUAUGAGUGUAAGGAAUGUGGAAAGGCCUUCAAUCGUGCAUCUAACCUGUUACAACAUCAGAAAAUUCAUACGGGUGAAAAACCCUAUAAAUGUGAGGAAUGUGGGAUGACCUUUAGUCGUAAUAUAGACCUUAAAGUUCAUCAGAGAAUACAUACAGGUGAGAAACCCUAUCAAUGUGAAGAGUGUGGGAAGGCCUUUGGUCGUGCUUCCUACCUGACUCAACAUGGAAAAAUUCACACUGGUGAGAAAUCCUAUGUGUGUCAUGAAUGUGGAAAGGCCUUUAGUAAAGGUGGAAAACUUAAAAUUCAUCAGAGAAUUCAUACUGGUGAGAAGCCCUAUGAAUGUAAGGCAUGUGGGAAGACCUUUAGUCAAGCUUCUCACCUUGUGCAACAUGACAGAAUUCAUACUGGUGAAAAACCCUAUGAAUGUCGUGAAUGUGGGAUGACCUUUAGUCGCAGUAUAGAUCUUAGAGUACAUCACAGAAUUCACACUGGUGAGAAACCCUGUAAAUGUAAAGAAUGUGGGAAGGCCUUUAGUUGUGCCUCAAAUCUUGUUCAACAUGAGACAAUUCAUACAGGCAAGAAGCCCUAUGAAUGUGAAAAAUGUGGGAUGACAUUUAGUCGUAUCUAUCAACUCAUUCCACAUCAGAGAAUGCACACUGGUGUGAAACCCUAUGAAUGUAAUGAAUGUGGGAAGGCCUUCACUCGUGCCUCAGCACUAAUUCAACAUGAGAGAAUGCAUACUGGUGAGAAACCCUAUAAAUGUCAAGAAUGUGGGAAGGCCUUUAUUCAUGGUGGUAGCCUUAGGACACAUCAAAAAAUUCAUACUGGUGAAAAACCCUACAUCUGUAAAGAAUGUGGGAAGGCCUUUGGUCGUACCUCAGACCUUGUUAGACAUGAGAGAAUUCAUACUGGUGAGAAACCAUAUAAAUGUAAGGACUGUUGUAAGGCCUUUAGUCAUAUUGAAAGCCUUAGAAUGCAUCAUAAACUUCAUACUGGUGAGAAACCCUAUGAAUGUAAAGAGUGUGGGAAAGCCUUUAAGAGUGGCCAUCAACUUACUGUACAUCAGAGAAUUCAUACUGGUGAGAAACCCUAUGAAUGUAAGGAAUGUGGAAAGGCCUUUACUGUCUGUGGACGACUUACUCGACAUCAGAGUAUUCACAGUGAUGAGAAGCCUUUUGAAUGUAAUAAAUGUGGGAAAUCCUUUAGACUUAGGUCAAGUCUUAAAGUACAUCAAAGAAUUCAUAACUAGAAAAAAACUUUAUGGAUGAAAGUUUUAUAGAAAUGCACAUAUAUGCAGUGGGCAGUGUGUAGUGUAUCAGUGUAUUCAUAACAAAUAAUUUGAAAAGAAUGUGGCACAGGCCUGUAAUCCCAGGAGCUUGGGAGGCUGAGGCAGGAGGAUCAUGAGUUCAAGGUCAGCCUCAGCAACUCAGUAAGAUCCUGUCUCUAAAUAAAAGGUAAAAAGGGCUGGGGAUGUGGCUCAUUGGUUAAGCACCCCUGGGUUCAAUCCCCAGUACCAAAAGAAAAAAAGAGAAAAUAAAAGAAUGUGGGAAUGCUUUUAAAUAUGGUUUUUCUAAGGCAUUAAAUGGUUUAUGGUGCGAAACCCUUCAGAAUAUAAAUAAUAUUUCAAAUUUUUAAGCAAUGAUCCAAAUAUUGUUCCUAUUCAAAGAAUUUCUAAUUUAUUUUUACAUAGUGUAAGAAAAUCUUUAUGUUUCUCUGUACAUAAAUUGUUAGUAUAGUCAGUCACCUUAGAGGAAAAUUCAGAGAAUGUAGAAAUGUCUUUGUUUUUUAUGCUUUAUUUAUAAAAGUCUUCCACCUGUAUCAAUUAUUAACUCAAGAAAGCUCACAUCACAGGAAGCACCUGUUGAUCUAACAAAGGUAGAAAAACUUGUGGUUUCCAUUCUAUUAUUUACAGCCUGUAUGACAUUGGUCACAACGUUUGUCCUUCUGGGAGUCCUGUGCAAAGAACAAUAAUAAAUAUAUUAUAGUGCCAUUAUUGGAAAUGAGAAAAGUUGGAAAGCUUUUUCACAUUGUCUCUGUUUAGUAAGUAAUAGAUACUAUUUUAUACUAUUUAUAUUACUAUGGAUGAAUUAUUAUGAGAAUAAACUCCAUAUACUGAGAAUAAUUUUAUAAAAGCUUCAUGUAAUUUCUUAUACUUUGUUAGUUUAAAAUAAUCCUUUCUGGUUAAAAUAUAGUAGAAUUUUUUUAAAAGAGGAUUUAAAUCAUGAGUUUUAUUGGAGUUCUGCUAAAAUAUAUUUCUUUAUAUAGUGUCUGGUUACUUUUGCAUUACUCUAGCAAAGUUGGAUAGUUACAAAGAAUUCUAUUAUCCAGUUUCUAAAAUAUUUUUUUAAGUUGCUAACUCCUGUUUCAGAGCAACUUCCCUAUAAUUUUUUAUGACUUUGGAUUUUUGAAGGGUAUAGAAUAAUUUGUAGAUUAUUAAAAUUGUUUUUCUUGGGAAGCAUUUAUCUGUUUUUGUGGUGUUGGGAAUCAAACCCAGGACCUCACACAUGCUUGGCAAGUACUCUACUACUAAGCUAAGCCCCCAGCCCAUUUAUCUUGUUCUUCUAUCUCUAUUAGUUCCAGUAAAUCUGAGUUAAACAAAAGGAUUCAUGUAGUUGAUGUGUAUAAAUUAAAAAUAUAUAAUGUUGAGUUUUCCCAGUACAGGUUCAGCAUCUCAAAUCCAGAAAUUCAAAAUUUGGGGCUUGGGUUGUAGCUCAGUGGAAAAGUGCUUGUCUGGCACAUGUGAGGCACUGGGUUCAAUCUUCAAUACCACAUAAAAAUAAAUAAAUAAAUAAAUAAAGGUAUUGUGUCCAACUAAAAAAAAUUUUUUUUAAAUAUCCAAAAUUUUCCAGACCUAGUGGCACACACAGAACCUUGGGAAGCUGAGGCAAGAGGAUAACAAGUUUAAAGCCAGCCUCAACAACUUGGCAAGGCCCAAUUAACUUAAUGAGACUGUCUCUAAAUAAAAAAAUGGGCUGGGGAUGUGGCUCAGUGGUUGAAUGCCUCUGGGUUUAAAACUGGUUCCCCUUUUCUCCCCCCCAAAAUACCCCAAAUUUGAAAUGCUUCAAAAUCGGAAACUUUUUAAGCACCAACAUAAUGAUACCAGUAGAAACUUUCAUACCUGACUUCAUGUGACAGGUCAAAAUAUGUGCAUUUAAAAUAAAGUUAUGAUGGGGCUGGGGUUGUGGCUCAGUGGCAGAUCACUUGCCUAGCAUG